AUGAGAUUCAGUGGACCAAACCUUUACUAUGAUUACAAGAACAAGCUUGGCCGAUUUGAUUUUUUCGAUAAUUACUAUGACAUGAAUAACUCGUGGGGUUCUAUCAACAUGACUAUCUUAUGGAUUGAUACUGUGGUUUGGUUUGUCUAUCCUAAAGUAAAACAAUGCACCCUAAGGUCGAAAAACCUUCCAUUAAUUUCUCCAGAUUGGCUCAAGAUGACUCAUUAUGUCGGGAGGACACUCUUCAGAGAGAUGUACUCUGAUGUUUGGCAGUUUCCCAAUGUGGAUGAUCUUGAUGGAAUGAGAUAUUACCACAAAGUGGGGAGUUCUUCUGAAACUAAAAUUCCUCUUCGAAGCACAAAUCAAAUUAAUGAUCCAGGAGCAACAGAUUAUUUCGAUUUUACGAUAGGACCUUCCCAUGUUAAUUUGUAUCAGAUUCCAAAGUUUUGCAAAGAAUAUUGA